UUAACCCCCUCUUCUUCUCGUGUGCGCGCGCAAAAAGAAACCCCUUUUUUUUGUGUGAAAAGCUGUCGCCAGAGUUUUCCCUUCUGCGCCACACAAAUGGCUUAAAUGUUGGUGAACAGGCUCAAGGAAGAGAUAGUGCAAAGUUUUGUGUGCCUCGUUAAUGCCCAUAACAUACCCAUAUUGCCAUAUUACUACACCUGAAAGCCACUCUGCACCGCGAAAACUCUGCCUUUUCCUCCCAUCUUCUGCAGCAACUGCGAUAUUUUGUUGGCGCGCGCAACAACAAAUAAAAUAGUUGUGUGAGAAAGUGUGUGAUGAAAGUUUUUCAAACUGGAGCAAUGGGGAUACCAGCUGGAAUAUUGUGGAUUUUAGCACUCAUGCUGAUCUUCAGUGAAGAUUCAGCGCUCGCACAGCGCCAGACGGCGCGAUCUUCAGGACCCACAGCACGCGCCUUUGGGGUGAAUCCCAAGCAGAGCAGCUCCACGGCCACCGCGGACUUCGACUGUCCGGAGGAGUUCGGCUACUAUCCUCAUCCCACCGACUGCACGCAGUACUAUGUGUGCGUGUUCGGCAGCGCCCUCCUGGAGAGCUGCACUGGUGGCCUCAUGUACAGCCACGAGCUGCAGACGUGCGACUGGCCACGGAAUGUGGGCUGUGACGCCGCAGACGCUGCGGCCCCAUCGACCUCCGCCCCUAGACAGCAGCAGCAACCGCAGGUGACCAGAGUGCCCCAGAUCCAGCAGGUGCAGCCGCAGAAGAUCCGCUUCACGUCUGUGCCGUCCGUGAUCGCGGGUCACUCGGCCCCGGCCCAGAUCCAGGCCAUCCCACCACCGCCAGAACUGAAAGUGGCACCCAAUCCAGUGAUCACGUCCCGCGGACAGCCCAAGCAGGUGCUUCUGCAAGAGGACAUCGCCCAGCUGUACGCUGACGCUCACGACACUCUGCCGCCGGCCGAGGAGGAGGAGUCCGACCGCCAGCAGAGGGUGUACCGCGGUCAGCCCAGCACCGUGGGUCAGGUGCAGCGGGACCGCGACGGCAUCCUGCAGCAGUCCAGCGUGAACGCCAUCCCCAGCCACGGCAAAGUGGGCUCCUUUGCAUUUGGUUCUCAGGUCAAUCAGUACAGUGAUGACGACUUACAAGACGUGGACGUGGGUGCGAGGACGAAGACGCGACACGACAGAAAGAAGCGAGACGUGGCUGACGAUCUGGACACGGGGGACUCGCUGCCCGAGGCGGCAGCCCUGCACGCGAUUGAGGAUGUGGGUGGGCGGCAGGCACGCCAGUUGAGGCCCCACAAGGCGUCCUGGGCUUUCGGUGGCUUUCAGACUAACACGCACAAGCACCUGACAGGCUUCCAGCCGCCGCCGCUGGUGGAUCAGAGUGUGAAUCAGUACUUCUCGAGUGCGGGCCAGCAUCUGAGGUCGUCGCUGAGCAAUCCCUAUACGGUGUUCAACACCAAGAACUCCUUCAGUCCGGCUGAGAGCCCCAACUACAGCAGCUACGAGCGCUCACCGUCGUCUUCGAGGGAGAAAACCAGGACAGCCAGCGGAGAUCUUGUUCCUCUACUUGUCCAUCCUCUGACAAUUCCUCACCAGGUUGACACUCAGUCGAAACCUGUAAAAGAGGCCUCGAGGGAAGUCGAUGGACUCCCGGACAACUUCUCCUUCUUCCACUUUGCCAAGGGCACGGGCCCAACGGGUAGUGGCAGCCAUCCGAAGCCUCAGCACAACUUCAAUUAUCUCCCAAAUACCACACCAAAGAGCCCUUUUGUAGCCUUCAGCACAGUUGGAGGCUUCUACAACAACAAGCCCACUCCUCCGACGACGUCAGACAAGUACCUUAAGCAGCAGUAUCGGCUGCAACAGGACGGAAGGCAGGUGGAACCCGCGAAGCCACACAAUCCCGUGUCAGAAGUGCGACCAGGGUUUUACUCGUACAACUUCUACAGUAACCCCGACGAGGGCGCAAGUGCGACGACAACUCAACAACCUGCCUACAACUCUGGCUUUUAUGUAACGCAGAAACCAAAAUCGUCCAAACCACCGGGCUUUCAGCCUAUCAGGAAUUACUAUGGUAGCUCAGAAGAGACCACGAAGCCUCCCUCCUAUGCUGUGACUGAGAAUCCUCCGGCUACCUACACGUCACCCACGUCUAUGACCAUCGGAGAUCCAGCCGGACCUGGAAGACCACACAAUUCUCUCGGCUUCAACUCUGACACGUUCGUAAGGAAACCCUCUGUGAUCAAUCCCGGGCUCAGCAAUCUAGACUUUAGUCAAUUCAUGUCGGAUAUUCGCCAGUCGCAUCUGUCGCCAUCAGAUCCAGACAUUGGAAAGAACCACACAUUCAUCAGCAUGAGUACUCCAAGACCAUUCAACUUCUUCAAAACCACUCCCAAGCCUCUGGCCUCAGAUGAGGAGUACUACUAUGACAGUAGCGAAGAGGAGGAGUUGCCAAAGACUACCAAAUCGCCCAGUAGUCAGUACUUCAGACCAUCGACCAGAUACACCGACAACAACUUCAUCAAGAGCGUCCCGCCGCCGAACUUCGGCAAGCACCCACCAAAGACAACGCCGCCCACGAGUAGCGAGGAGUAUUACUACGAUGACGACUACGAGGUGCAAAGGCCGCCGGCAAACAAGUCCAAAUUCAUGCCAAUGUCCGAAACCAUGGCGCCCAGACCCUCUCCCACACCCACCCUCAGACCCACAAUCUCUCCCACGCAAGUUUUCAAGCCCACCUCCUAUAGGCCGCCGCAGGAGCACGUGUCCGACUACGACAUUCGGCUCCUGGGCGGCACGAGCUCCAUUCCGCCCAUUAUCAAAUUCCCCGACGACAUAUUCCAAGACCUGACAAGACCUAGAACGCCCAACAAGACUAUGGUGCGUCCCACGACGCCCAGGCCGCGCAUCAAGAUCAAAGAUCCGUUCGCGGGAAAGGUGACGACGACGCCAGAAACGCACCCGUACAGGCCCACGCGACCCACAAUGCCGACUACCGACACCACCACCCACAAAAUUCACACUGUUCGUCCCAGUAGGGGCAGGAAUCCCACGACUGUGGGCGCCGGCAAUAGGGGCACCAUGAAGUGGAAGUCCGUCAAGAGCACUAAACGACCUGACAGACUCGGCGACCUCGACGAAAGACUCCCCAACAGAGUUGAAUCCUCAUCUCCAGCAUCGAAUUCAUACGUCCAGCCACAGAAGGUCAACACGCAGAAUACGAGGAACUACUACAACACCACGCAAGGACAGUACGAUCAGUACGAUCCCUACGCUUAUGUUUACGAUGACGAUGUGGAGCUCUACAGAGAUGUUGACUAUGGUCAACAGUACAAUGGACAAAACAACCAGAAACCUCAGGUGCAUCAGUCCACCUAUCGUCCUUCUAUCAUCACAAGCUCCACUCCUGCCACAGCCUCGCCCGCACCCACGCAUUCGUCCACCCCGUACGCCCCAGUUCAGGCGCACCGCGACGCCUACGUGCCUCAGCAGCCGCAAUACGAGCGCCCUGCUCAAGUCUACACCACCGACUAUGAGGACGACGACGUGCUCCUCUCACAGCUCGAACAAGAAGGACUCACUCCGUACAACCAAGGAACAAGACAGGGAAUCAGGGGAGACAGAAAUGAGUUAAAUUCCAUUACCGAACGUCCCAUUGUGAUCUCAACAACACACCGGACGGCCACAAGCCCCAAAUAUCCUUCGAUCACCACCACAACCCACAAAAAAGUCACAACGACGGCCACGUAUUCCCCAGCGGCGCCCACAAGGUAUUCCCAAUUUAUCAACACUCAAUCAACUACACUAUUGUCAGUCUUUGUUGAUGUUGUUGACGAUGUUGUAAAGAGCCUGUUUAUUUCCCAUCCCUACAGAUCAUCACUGUCGGAUGGUAGCAACAAUAAGACGGAUAGUAGAGUAAUUUUAACACUGAAGGCACGCGCGGAUGUCAUUGACACACACGAGACAUACCCUGACAUUGAACAUUCCCCCUCAAGUGAAUACCCCUCCCUGUCCCCCACCCAUCCCCUGCCCAGCCAGGAGAGAGUGACACUGUUGAGCGAGGUGCAGGAGCCAGACACCGUUAUCAUCACCAUUAGCACCAACACAACUAGGGACACUGAAGACACGAGCACCCCACUCGCAAGGGUGGCUCCGGUCAAUGAGACUGAACCCGAGAGCACGGCACAGGUGGCGAGGAAGAAGAACAUUUUCGAUUAUGUAUACUCGGACAUUCAGCCACAGAGCUUCAGGCCGCCCGACGAGGCGCCCGAGGCGGAGACUCACAAUGCUAUCGACAGCACCACUCGGCCCAGUAGCACAACCAGUACGACAACAUCAACAACAACAACCCCACAGCCCGUUGUUGAGGCGAAAAUCCACCCAGUGCCACUAUUCUUCCGCAAUCGCGAGAACUCCCCUCUGGAGUUGGUCAUCCCGACCACCACUCCCUCUCCCUACAAUUGGGACGCGGCGGUCAGGUUGUCGCCAUCAACCACGACCCUCGAGAGAGUCGUGGAGACGAGCACCCUGCCCAAGAGGCGCUUCUUCAGCACACCGCCGACUGUGCUGCAGAGGGGUACAUUCCCGGUGGAUUUCGGCCUCAACAGAACACACACGCCAUUCACAACGCCGAGGAAUCUCUUCUUCAAAGAAGUCCUCAACAAAACACUCGACACAGGCGCCACAAGUGGUCGUCCCUUUGUCUCCCCGUACAAGAGCUUAGAGAACCUACUGACAACAGACAGCACAUUGCGCGGAACGACAUCCUCACUUCGGCCAGUGGUGAGGACCACUCCCACGAAUGCACAACCCAUCCGCAGUCACUUCCUCAUCACGGCCGCCCCGAGGAUUAAUAUCACGAGCACUGAAAGCACAACCACAGAGAGCACCACUACAACAUCUACAACUACACAGGCUCCCAUUGAGGAGACCACUGUCACUGAGGAGGAAGAGCCUCCGGUGACGGACAUUCCCGAGGUGGAGGAGGAUCUCACAGCAACCGUAAUUUCUAGGUCUAGGAGUAGGGGAACGCCCAAGAUUCCAACAACCAGAGGCCGCCUAAAGGGAUCCUACGUCUACACCACCGCCAACACGCUUGAAAUUGAUCCAACGACCUACGCGCCGAAGCUGAGGUUCAUCCCUCUGACGCAGGAGCCGAGGCCGGAGACGACCACAGCCGGGGCGAACAAGAAGAGAGUGAUCAAGAUGAGGGUGCCGCCAAAGAGGAUCAGGAACAGAGUGGCGACCCUGCAAGACCGAGCGUUCCAUGAGAGCUCAGUGAAUAGGGAUCGACAGCAAGAAGUCAUCCCGCUGGAGAAGUUGUUUGAAGACAGAUUCGAGAAGAAGAAUGCCAGCAAGUUUGCCAGUGAAGACUCAACAGUCUCACCAACUGACUCGAGUCAGAAGAUUGUCGAGAUAACCGAUCGCCCAGUGUACUUUGCCCACUAUAAGCGACUGUCGGACAAGCCAAAGAAGCACUACCUGGAGAACUACGAGUUCAUCCGGCCAGAUGACGAACUGACCCAGCAAGCUAACAGAGAGAAGUUCCGCGCCACUGUGGAGAUGCCAGAGUUUAACGUUCCCACCGAGUCCGAGCGGGCAUCAUUCCGUGACAAUGUCGAGCCGGAAGUUGAGGAAGAGGAGGAGGAAGAGGAGGAGCCCGAGGAGGAGGAAGAUCUAGAUGAUGAUCUGUUGUAUAGAGAUCAAGAGAAUCCCUUGCUCUAUGAAUAUCCAGUGGAAGACACUGAGAGUCCCAAUGUUGUAGAGACAACGACUCAAACAACAACGACUCGCCGUGUAACAACCACAACCACGACAACUUCCACCCCAAAGCCCACGACUAAGACAACCACGACCCCACCUCCGCCCACCACGGAGGUGCAGACGACCAAGACCACAACAACCAAGCCCCCCACUCCCCAAACGACAACGAGAAUCCCGCCGCGCGCCUCCCGGGUAAACAAUGCCAUCAAGACAACCAUUGCAGCCUCGCUGCCGCGCAGGAUUGUGUCUCCGGCCGCCUCCCUGAAAUGUACAGACAAUUCGCCAAAUGCCAAGUGCAACGAAAUUCCUUCGAGAACUCACACGAGAAAUCGAGGAAGUUCUCACUACUCGACCAGCGGCGAUCAGCACUCGACAGUCACGUCGAAUCGCGGAACACAUCCUCCACGCGCCCGGCCUACCCUUAAACCUUCCCAAACCAUUGUGUCCAAGGCUCAGGAGUACAUCGACAUCUACCGCUUCCCGCCAUGGCGUCCGGAUCCCGUCUAUCCUCAGCCCACGCCCGACAAGACGGCCGCCAAGUGCCGCAAAGAUGUCUGUCUCCUGCCUGACUGCUUCUGCGGAGGAAAGGACAUUCCAGGUGACAUGCCGGUGGAGCAUGUGCCACAGAUUGUGUUGCUGACAUUCGACGACUCCGUGAAUGACCUCAACAAGCAACUCUACGUGGAUCUGUUCGAGAAGGGCAGAGUGAACCCCAACGGAUGCCCCAUCACGGCCACCUUCUACGUCUCGCACGAGUGGACGGACUACAGCCAGGUGCAGAAUCUCUACUCCGACGGACAUGAGAUGGCAUCGCACACAGUCUCGCACAGCUUCGGCGAGCAGUUCAGCCAGAAGAAGUGGACAAAGGAAGUGGCCGGCCAGCGAGAGAUCCUGUCCGCCUAUGGAGGCGUGAAGCUGGAGGAUGUGCGCGGCAUGAGGGCCCCCUUCCUGUCCAUUGGCGGCAACAAGAUGUUCAAGAUGCUGUACGACUCCAACUUCACCUACGACUCCUCGAUGCCCGUGUACGAGAACCGCCCGCCCAGCUGGCCGUACACGCUCGACUACAAGAUCUUCCACGACUGCAUGAUCCCGCCCUGUCCCACCAAGAGCUACCCAGGCGUCUGGGAAGUGCCCAUGGUGAUGUGGCAGGACUUGAAUGGCGGCCGCUGCUCGAUGGGCGACGCCUGCUCCAAUCCGCCCGAGGCCGAGGGCGUCGUGAAGAUGCUGAUGAAGAACUUCGAGCGCCACUACACGACCAACAGGGCGCCGUUCGGGCUGUACUACCACGCGGCGUGGUUCACGCAGCCGCACCACAAGGAGGGCUUCAUCCAAUUCCUCGAUGCCAUCAACUCCAUGAAGGACGUGUGGAUCGUGACCAACUGGCAGGCGCUGCAGUGGGUGCGUGAUCCCACGCCCAUCUCGCGACUCAACUCCUUCCAGCCCUUCCAGUGCAACUAUGCAGGACGCCCAAAACGCUGCAACAACCCGAAAGUGUGCAAUCUUUGGCACAAGUCCGGAGUGCGAUACAUGCGAACGUGCCAACCAUGUCCAGACAUUUAUCCCUGGACCGGCAAGUCCGGCAUCCGGUCGUCGCGAGUGGACAACGACAUUGAGGAGUGAAGUGUUGGGAGUGACGACAAAAAGGGACAUCCGAUGAC